CAAACUAUUAUAGGUAUAUGUAUAACAACAUAGUAGUAGUCUUAUAAUGAUGACGUAGCGAAAUACAAUUUGAGAUAUUAUUUGCAUGCAACUCACGAUGAGUGAUCGUGAUUGUUUUAUCUAAUUAAUUUUGUAUAUUUAAAAUGCGUCUUAACAUCCUUAUAUUAUAUAGCAACAACAUAGUAGUCUUAUAAUGAUGACGGUGCAGAUUACAUUUUGUAAAGCCCGCUACGCACGCUUGCCAAACAAUUGCGAACAGCAUAAACCAAUGACAUGUGCCGGUCUAAAAAAAAUUAUAAUGAUCUCUUACUCAAAAAAGGUAUACGAGAUGUUUCUGAUCGGCUACCAGUUCCGCGUGCUGUCGCCGAUCUUCACGAUCCACUGGGGGCUGCAGGCGCGCCGCUCGCGCCCGCUGUGGCGGGAGAAGCAGAACGAGAAGAACAGGAAGCAUUUCGAGACGUUCAAGCGGGAGUUGUUCGCGCGGUACAGGACGGACCCCCUGCACCUGCUGCGCCGCCCGCCGCAGAGGAAGGCCUAGGCCUCGCCGGGCCGCGCGCUCUCCGCCGGCCUCCACUUCCCUCUGCUGCUGCUACUGCCGCUGCUGGCACUCCACACGUGUCUGUCCUCUAUUUGGUGAUUCUUAAUACUUUUGACAAUGUGAAACUUGAAUCCCAGUGAUAGUUAAAAGGAAACUUACUGACAAGUACAACAUUUUUUGGAAACGAGAUAUAAAAUAGUACAUAAUAUAAAUAGUCUCACUAUCUUAAAGACUGUUUUCGUAAAAUGAUAAUGUAAAUAUUUGUAUAACUGAUAAGAAUACUUCGUAUUAACUUUA